CAUUUGCUUAUCAACUUGCUGAUAAUACUAAUAGUAGUUAUGGCAGUCAUGACAGUUAUAGCAGUCAUAAAGGUUAUGACAGUCAAGGCAGCCAGAGUGGUCAGAGUGAUCAAAACAGUCAAAGUAAUUAG